GUUAAAACGAUAUAUUCUUUUAUUUCUUUUUCUUUUUCUUUUCACUUUUUCUUUUAUUUUCUUUAUUUUCUUUUUCACUUUUUUUUUUCUGUUUUUGUUUUGAUUAUUAUUAUUAUUAUACCAUCAUCAGUAUUUACGAUCAUUUAGUAAUCACAUGCCUGGAUUAAAAACUAUUGACGUAUUACUCAAAGACCUUGGAUACAAAUCUGAUUAUAUCCCAAGUAAAGAACGAUAUUUGGUAGAUGAUGAACAAGAUAAAAGUUUAUUAUCUGUUAUAAAACAACCAUUGGGCCAAAAUAUUGACAUAGUGAUUCCAAAAUCGACAGCCAGCGAACAAACCACACAAUGCAAACAACUCAUUAGUACUCUUGGAACACGUUACAUUGCUAAUACUCAUUCUUCAACCAAUAACAACAAAGUAUCUCUUGAACACCAAUAUAAACAUAAUGAUCAGGACCGGCAAGAUGCUAUAUUUGAAUUUUUGGAAACUGAACAAAAGUAUAUUAACAAGAUUCAUGCUCUAGUUCAUACUAUUGUUAAACCAUUAAAGUUAUCUUGUGCUCAAGACAAGCAUCCUAUACUGAAACAAUUCAUGUGUACCAAUAUCUUUCUCAACUUGGAACAAAUCUUGGAAUUGCAUCAGCAGUUUUGGAAAGAACUUGAUAAUCACAAGAAUGAUUUUUCUACUGUUUGUUGUACUUUUAUGGGCAAAAUGGACAAAUAUCGACGUUACUUACUCAAGGUGAAUGAUGCCCAAGGUUUUCAUUCUACUGAAUAUCAGAAAAAUCAAGCUUAUCGAAGUUUUAUUAUCAAGGCCAUUAAAGACCCUUCUUUUAAAAACCUAUCACUUCAAGAUCUUUUGGAUCAACCUUGGCGACGGAUUACAGCUUACACUCUUUUAAUCAAAAACAUUCGAAAUUAUACAUCAACAUCUCAUCCUGAUUUUGAUAAACUGACAGAAGCAUUUACUCAGAUUAACACCAUUGCUUCCGUUCGUGACGAUGUACCUACUAUUCUUGCCACCAAAUCUCACGAUCUUUAUCUUUCCAUCAAAAAUGCUCCUUGUCACCUUAUCAAGCAAAGUCGUUCAUUGGUAACUCAUCUGGAUGCAAUCGAAAUUAAUCAGAUGACUGGUAAACUUCGACAUAUCACCAUCUUUUUAUUUUGUGACAAGUUAAUGGUGGCCAAACGAUCUCCUCAUGCCAAAGGGGCAGACAUCUGUGAUGACAUGACUGGUAGUACUUCAAUGACAAGUUUAAAUCAAAAAAAGAAAAAAGCCGGUGGUUUCAAGUUUUAUGGUUGGGUGGGACUAGAACAUAUUGAAUUAUUUCAUGGUCCUUCAGAUCUUCCUGGAUCCUUCAUGGUUCGUGCUUCCUCUGACUUUCAAGAUAGUGUUACAGAAACUGGUUAUGAAAAAUAUUUCCAAAAAGGUGCUCGUAUCUUCUCAUAUCAAACUGAGCCCUACUCUAGACAAUCCAUGACUUCUUUUAUCGCUGACAAGGAUGUAUUUGUAGAUAUGUUUUACAAGACUCAAGCUGUCGCUCGUCAGUAUGGGAAUCAAGAUGCUACCUUUUAUCGUACUUGGAAUGAUAUUAAUAUUUAUAGUAAUGUGUUUGACCCUGAAACUUAUACUAAAACUGAUAUCAAAAACAAUGUGGCGGCAAUACUCCUGGAAAAAGACUCGGAAAUGGAUAUUCCUUCUUUAUUGAAUUCAACUCGAUCUUCACCUUGGAUUGUGGCUCUCGUACGACCUGAUUCUCAGGGGUUAAAACUCAAUAUUUGGUCAAAAGAAUCCUUGACUUGUAUUUAUGAUCAACGACCCUCUAAUGAAGAGAAACAAUUGGAUUUCGCUACUGUCUUUUGGAACAAUGUGAUCAAAUGUGAACGGAAACUACGAUGCUCAGAUACUUAUCGAGUAAUGAAUCAAAGUGCUGAAGAAGAAGAAAUCCAACGACCACCACGAUCUAGGUCAAGAACAAGUAUGUCACGCUCUACUAGUAUUUCCAAUAUUAGCAAAUUCUUUGGUCGCUCACGAUCUCAAUCACCUUCAUCUCAAGUGGUGCCAACUGCAUCCAAAUCUACACCUCAAUUACAAUCAAGUUCUGAUGAUGGUCAAAGACAGAGACGACCUCGUGCUCACAGCAUGUCUAGUGAUCCUACUUCCGACAAACAAAUGACCAAACCUGCCACUACCACGCGACGAAGAAAACUUAGUUUUGAUGCCUCCUUUUUCAAGAUCGACAUCAAGUCACCUGCUACUUCCUUGUCAACUUCAACUCGUACCCCAGAACAACAACAACAAACACGUCAUUCUCCUCUGCCGUUCCAACAACAAAAACUACCAAAACAGUCUUCACCACAACAACAACAAACAUCGAUACCCCCUUACUAUCAAAACAGACGACAUUCAAUGACUCCUACAAUAACAACACCUACUACUAGUGUAUCCCACUCUCCUCCUUCUUUUAUGCAUCCAACAGAAUUACCAUCACCUACUGCUCACUUAUCAAGUCCUCAUCAAUCAUACCGUCCCAAUGGUUAUGUAUCCUAUUCACCUUCUCCGCCACCUUCUUCAACUGAUUCUGGAAAGCAACGUCAAUUGGUGGAAAAGCUAGAUGCACUGUAUCACGAUAUGGCUGGGAUCGGAAAACAGAGCUCCAAAGAACAUUUCCAUCGUCAUACAUCUGAUCCUCUUGUUCUUCGUCCACCUAGUCGAAAUAGCUCGAAUUCUUCUUCACCCAUCUCCAUGAACUUACCCACAUUCAAUUAUCAUCCAUCCUCUUCUUCUCCUGGUGGUAAUUUCGGUACUUCCUCUUCAAGAUCUUCAAGUUAUACAAAUACUUUCUCAUCUUAUGGUAGUCAAAGUUCACGUAGUUCUCUUAGUUUGGAAGAAAUGGAACAGAAUAAGCCUUAUGAUAUGAUGGAUGAUUUACCUAGUUCUUUCAAUAAACAAUUUAAUUCUGAAAUGGAUGAAAUUAUCACCAUUGUCAAUGCCUAUCGUCAAGGUCAACAACGACGUAACUCUUUGUAUGAUUCACCUGCUCAUGAAGUCGAUACCUUAUUGAAGCGCAAAUUGAAGGAAGCUCAAAUGGAACGAGAUUAUUGGCAACGUCGUGCAAGUGAACUUACCCAUCAAGUCAACGAAUUCGCCAUGCGUCAAUAAUUUUUUUUUUUUUUUUGUACAUACCUCCCUUAUGCCGCAUCAUGACUCAUGAUACAUUCAUUUAUAUAUAUUUAUAUAUAUAUCUACAUAUUGAUUCUUUUCAUUGUAUUCUCCACAUGUUUAAAAAAAAAACUUGUUGUUUUGAUAUUUCCUAUCUAUAUCCCCCUUUUCCUUCC